AUGACGAAUUCUCAAGAGAGUACCAUGGCGGCCGCACCGGCUGCUUCAGCCUCAAUUGACACAGAUCUCUACAGCCGCCAGAUCGGCGCGUUCGGCCUGGAAACGAUGGGCAAGCUGAUCAAACUCCGCGUCCUCAUCUCCGGUCUCCGCGGCAUCGGAGCAGAGUGCGCGAAGAAUUUGAUUUUGGCGGGACCGAGUACAGUCAUGCUGCACGACCCAUCGCCCUGCGAGAUGCGCGACCUAGGAAGCAACUUCUGCCUCACGGAGGACUAUGUGAAGCAGGGCCUCACGCGGGCAGAGGCAAGCAAGCACUACCUCGCAGAGCUCAACCAAUACGUGACAGUCGACGUCCUGCCAGAAGAGAAAUUGACUGAGGAAGUUUUGUCGCGUUUCGACGUGGUGAUUGUGACAGAGGCGAGCAACACGGAUUUGAAGCGUUACAACGCGUUUUGCCGGUCGCAUGCGCCGCGUCCGAUCGGGUUCGUGGCGGCGUGUGCGUUCGGCUUGGCGGCGUCGGUCUUUGUGGACUUUGGGGACAAGUUCGUCUGUCUGGAUGCGGACGGCGAAGAGCCGAAGGAAGUGAUUCUUGCGGGCAUCACGCACGAGGAGCAGGCGACGGUGCACACGCAUACUGACAAGCUCCUGCCCUUCCAAGACGGCGACUACGUGGUGUUCCGCGAAGUCCAGGGCAUGACGGAGAUCAACGAUUUGGCGCCGAUGCCCAUCAAAGUCACCGGAAAGCACAGCUUCCAGAUCGGCGACACCACCAAGUUCUCCCCGUAUCUGUCUGAAGGCAUUGCGCGCCAAGUCAAGAUGCCGCGGACCAUACCCUUCAAGUCCUACGAGGCCUCCUGCGCCGCACCCGUCGCGGCGGGCGAGUGCAUGCUUCUCGUGCCUGACCUCGGCAAGUUUGGCCGCUCUGAGCAACUUCACUUCGCCUUCCAAGCUGUGCUCGGCUACCGCGACGCGAACCCGAGCGAGCCGAACGCGCUGCCUCCACAUCCGCUUUCCGGCUCGCAGGAGGCGCACGCGGAGGCCGUCGCUGCGUGCGUCGCGGAGGCGAAGCGCCUCAACGAGGAGGCGAAGCGCCGCGCGGAGGCGGGCGAGCAGGGAGUUGUUUGCGUGGAUCAGGUCGAUGAGGACAUCGUCGCCAAGGUCGCGGCGUACGCGCGCUGCGAGAUCUCCCCGAUGGCCGCCUUCGUCGGAGGCGUCAUUGCGCAGGAAGUCGUGAAAUUCACGGGGAAAUACACCCCGCUCAAAGGCUUCCUCUACAUGGACGCCUUCGAGUGCUUCCUCACGCCCGAGGCGAAGGCCAACGUCCAGAAGCAGUGCGGCGGCAGCGGCGCGGCGACCUGCAACGGCGCUCCCGCGGGGGCUGCGCUGGAGAGCCGCUACGCCGACCAAAUCGCGCUCUUCGGACCGGACUUCCAGACUGCGCUGGCGCAGAUGCAUGCCUUCGUCGUCGGCGCUGGCGCUCUCGGCUGCGAGCUGCUCAAGAGCUUGGCUCUCAUGGGGUGUGGCUGCGCCGAGGGCGGCAAAAUCGUCGUCACGGACAUGGAUCGCAUCGAAGUCUCCAACCUCAACCGGCAGUUCCUCUUCAGGCGCGAACACGUCGGCAAGGCGAAAAGCAUCACAGCCGCGGCCUCCGCGCAGAGCAUGAACCCCGGGCUGCAGAUCGUCGCAUUGGAAGAUCGCGUGGGGGUGGAGACUGAAGCCACCGUCUUCACCGACGAGUUCUGGCAGAGCCAGCAAAUCAUCAUUAACGCGCUGGAUAACAUCCAGGCUCGCCAGUAUGUGGACGGCCGGUGCGUCUGGUUCAGCCUGCCGCUGCUGGAGAGCGGCACUCUGGGGACAAAGGGAAACGUCCAGGUGGUGCUCCCCCACAUGACGCAGUGCUAUUCAGACAGCGCGGACCCGCCGGAGGAGUCGAUUCCGCUCUGCACGCUGCGGCACUUUCCGCACGCGAUUGAGCACACGAUCGAGUGGGCGAGGGACUGCUUCCAGGGCAUCUUUUGCGACGCCGUGAACGAACCGAACAAGUUCAAGGAAAACCCCGAAAAAUACCUCGAACGGCUCCGCGGAGAAGGCAUUUUGUCGGUUCAGAAGGACCGCCUGGAGAAGAUUCGGGACUUGGUGGCGCAGUGGCAGCUGGCGGAUCGGCAGACGUUUGCGCCGCCGUCGUUCGAGCGGUGCGUGGAGAAGGCCGUGCUGCUUUUUCAGGAUUUGUUCUUCAAUCAGAUCUCGCAGCUUCUCUACUCGUUCCCACUUGAUCACCGCACCUCGGAGGGCACGCUCUUCUGGACUGCGCCCAAACGCCCCCCCACGCCCAUCGCCUUCGACGUGAACAACCCCGCAGCCGUCGACUUUGUUAUCGCCGCCGCCAAUCUCUUCGCCUUUAACUUUGGCCUGCCGGAGGAGCGGGAUGUCAAAAAGAUCAGCGCGAUCGCGGCGCAGGUCUCGAUUCCGCCCUUUAAGCCCAAGAAGCUGCAAAUCAACACCGACGAGCAGAAUGCGAACGGAGACGCGGAGAGUAAAUCGAACUUCGCCGCGCCCGCCAGCCUGACUCUCGGUGUCGACGCCGAGGAAGAAGCUGUCGCGCGCCUCGAGAAGGAGCUGCUCGCCAUUGCGGAUCUGCAGAAGAUGACCUUCGUCCCUGCGGAGUUCGAGAAGGACAACGAUGCGAACUUCCACAUCGACUUGGUGCACGCGGCGUCGUCGCUGCGCGCGCAAAACUACAGGAUUCAGUGCUGCGACAGGAAUAAGACGAAGAUCAUUGCAGGCCGCAUCAUUCCCGCGAUCGCCACCACCACGGCGAUGAUUACGGGUCUUGUCUCUCUCGAGCUGCUGAAAACCGUCACCUACAAACAACGAAAACUGGAAGACUUCAAAAACGCCUUCGCGAACCUCGCGCUGCCUCUCUGGCUCUUCAGCGAGCCGAUGCCGCCCAUCCGCGUCACCGACAAGGAGUUCGAUCCCGUGGCCUGCGGCCCAAUUCGCGCGCUCCCGAAGGGCUUCUCUUGCUGGGAUAAGGUGGAGGUCGACAUCCCGGGCUGCACCGUGGAGCAGCUGUGCCAGUUCUUGGAGAAGAAGUUUGACGUCGAGGUGAACAUUCUCUCCGUCGGGAAUUUCUGUCUCUACAACAGCUUCCUUCCCAUCCACAAGCAACAGCGGUACAAGAAAUCUAUUGUGAAGCUCGUGGAGGAGGUCACGAAGACUCGCUGCCAGCAGUCGGUUGCGGUGGAGAGCAGCUGCAGCGCGACAAGCGAUGGCGUGGAUGUGCUCCUUCCGACGAUUCGCAUUUUGAACAAGUAA